GACAGAUCAUGCAUCGCGAGCUAUCAGCGACGUUCCACUUGCGCAGGGUAAAGAGCGGAACGCUGCAGCAGAUGCUCCACGCAAAGACGAUCAGUGCAUACCUGAUGAAGAUCGUGUUUCUCUUCCUCCUUCGCCCAACCCAGAUUCGCGACAGCUGACCACUGCAGGGCAGACCAAUGCCAAUACCGGAGAGCACGGAAGCAGCCGGUUGUGUUUCUGCUUUUAGAUUGACUUUGCAAUGAGUAUUACUAGAGCAUGGCGCGGUACCCUUUCUAACUAGAAUUUGCUUGUAUGCAUAGUGUAUGUUUACAGAAUGUAAGGCAUAUCGCAGUGUAUUUCUGUCUGCUGGUGAUUUAGUUUGCAAACGGCUAUCACUCCUUAGAGUGCGAACGACGAGGAC